AACUACAACUCCCAGCAGCCCUUGCUCACCGGCCUGUCCCUGCCUCCCUCAGCUGGCUUGCGAGCUGUUAUUGUUGAUGCAAAAAGCAUAAGGCCACCAAGAUGGAAGAAGUGCAGCCCCACCCCAGCGUGGCUUUCCUAAACGUGGCCCCAAACUAUGUGCCUCACACCAAGGUGGAAUGUCACUACAACCUUCCCACCGGCAUGAAACCUUCAGCCAGAGAUUGGAUUGGGAUCUUCAAGGUGGAAGCCUCAUCAGUCCGUGAUUAUUACACCUUUGUAUGGUGCACUCUGCCAGAUGGGGGAUCUUCUGCUGGAGCCCUUCUUCACUGCAGCGUCCAGUUCCAAGCCAGCUACCUGCCGAAGCCAGGUCUCCAGCAAUACCAAUUCCGCUAUGUGGACAGCUGUGGUGAAAUUCGUGGCCAGAGCUCCCCAUUCCAGUUCAGCGAGCCACGGCCUAUGGAUGAGCUUGUCACCCUGGAGGAGGCGAGCGAUGAUGGUGGGGGCACAGACAUGCUGGUGGUGGUGCCCAAGGCCACCCUGCUAGAGACCCAGCUGGAGGCAAGCCGGCAGGAGCAAGGAGCCCUGUUGAAGGAGUCGUGCCGCCUCAAGGACGAGGUUCAGGAGCUGAGAAGCCGGGUGGAUGAACUCGAAGCAGCACUCGGCUCACUCCGUGAUGAGCACACCAAGCUGGCCGGACAAUAUAAGGAAUUAUCGAAUUCUUAUGAGGAAGUGUCCAAGCAGAAAGAGUCCCUGAGCCUUCAAGAAACUGAGCACUUGGCCCGGAUCCGAGAACUGGAGGGCGAUAUCCAGACAAUGGCUGAGAAGAUGCUGCAGAGGGAGACAGAACUUGACAGGGUCAAGGACACAAUCAAGUCUCUUCUGCGGGAGCAAGAGCUGAUUCACAAUCAGCUCAAAGAGGAAAAUGUUGAGAAGGAGCAGUAUCAGGUGAAGCUGCAGGCCUCAGAGGAGGAGAGCCGCAGCUUGGCCUCUGAUCUGCUGGAAGCCAAGACCCGCCACGGCGAGAAGGUCUCGCAGACUCUGCUGCUGAAGGAGGACAUUAACAAGUUGCAGCAGCAGCUAGCUGCUGCUAAUCGCCGUACUGCACAGAUGGAUGCCUUGUGCGAGCAACUUCGCUCCACGCAGGAUAUCUUGGCAGCCAGCCAGCAGAAGGUGGCCCUGUUGGGGGACGAGCUGGCCAGCGCUGCCUCCAUCCGGGAUCGUACCAUCUCCGAUCUGCACAAGAGCCGCCUGGAAGCGGCGGAGAUCAACAUCAAACUGGCCGACAUGACUCUCAAGUGGAAAGAGGGCAAAGGGCAGUGGUGGAAGGAGAAAGCUACUCUGUUGCAGAAUAUGGAGGUAGAGAAGGACAAGAUCCUGAAGCUGAGUGCUGAGGUGCUGCGCCUAGAGAAGAACGUGCAAGAAGAGCGGGCACAGUGCCAGAUCUUGCGUGUGGAGCUGGCACAAGAGCGUGACUCCAGUCUGGUGCAGGUGUCUGAGAGCCAUCGGGAAUUACGUGAGCUUCGGGCCGCUCUGCAGGUUGCCCAGAAGGAAAAGGAACAUCUUCAGGAUGAAAAGCAGGAGCUGGUGACAUACAUAUGGCGCCUUGAAGAGCGUCUGCAGAAAGUAGCCGAUCAGAAAUGGAAUGAAUCUGUUCUAGAUGAUGAAGAGGACACAGCACAGAAUAAUCACGGCUCCCUGGAUUCGGCACUGUCUGACUCUGAGGAUGAGAGUCCCGAGGACAUGCGCCUGCCAGCCCAGCUGGGUUCCUACAGCCUGUGUGACAACCGAGCAGCUGCCACCACGCCACCCUGUGCCCGCGAACUGGCUCAUGCUGUGGUGAUCAGCCAACCGGCACCCAUUGCCAGUCAGAUUAAACAACCACCUGAGGACUCCAGUUCUGACUCGGAGGCAGAGGAUGAGAAGGCCGUCCUGAUGGCAGCUGUGCAGAGCGGGGGUGAGGAAGCCAGCCUGCUCCUCCCAGAGGUGGGCAGCGGCUUCUAUGAAGUGGCCAGUGGUCUGACAGCGCAGCAGAUGUCAGAAUCGGGGUCCUGCGGUAUGGGCGCGUCCCCGUUGGACCUGCCCUCGCCUUCGCUUUGGAAGGAGUGCCCCAUCUGCCACGAGCGCUUCCCGCCCGAGAGUGACAAGGAAGCUCUGGAUACGCAUGUUGAUGGGCACUUCUUUUUUAACACCCAUGACCCCUUCCCUUUCGAGUGACUUCAUUUCCUGCCCUACCCACUAAGUCCCCUUGACUUCCUUCACCCUCUUCAAUGGGACCCAGGCUGGAUGUCUUCUCCCUUCAGUGGACAGUCUUGUAAGAUGGAUACUGGGCUCCUGCUGAAUGGCAUCAGGUGCUAAGCGGCAGCAAAGGGGGUGUCAUCGUCCUGGGGCCUUCUGCAAGGCAGUGUAGUCAGCCAGCUUGCGUUGAGAGGCACAAAGUCAGCUGCCACCACCCACACACACUUAAAGCCACAUGCACAGACAUGAAACCAAAAUUGGGAAGAGAGCUCAGGAUUUUACUCAUCGGCUUCCUUUAAUCUCUUGUAUGAGUUUUGGGGAGCACAUACACAGAGGGCCUGUUCACAGCAUUGGUUAUUCUGCAGUGUUGUGAGUUUGGUCUUCCCAUGGAAUGCCGGUGCUUUUUCAAAAGGCUCUUGGCUCUCUACUCAUUUGUCCUGGUAUAACCAAUUAUGUACUGGUUGUGCAAGCAGCCGCUACCGUUAUGGGCAAAGUUUACGGUUCAGUGGAGAAAUAUUGUGACUGCAGCCAAGAACGUAUAACUGAAAGUAUGUGGUUCCGUGUAUAUAAGAAUUUUAACUUGAGAUAGCAACAUCUGUGCACUGCCACACCACACACUUCACUAACCUAUUCAUAGAAACAUUUUAUCAUCCUGUACAGCAUGAACUUCAAGAUUUACAUGAGCAUCAAAUGACCAAUGGUCAUUCCACUGUGCACAGGGACAGAUAAACCAUAGCCUCACGUGAGCAUAUACAUACGUAUUUUGGAUUUCUCUGUUUCGGACUUUAGACACUCACACAUUUAAUUGUUCCACCUCUUCACAGUGUAGAAUCACAACUCCACCCAGAUUUAAAAAUGCACAUUGAAGAAUUUGCACUGGGGGCGCAGGGUUAAAUGUUACUCUCUGUCCUUCACAAGCUUCAGCCUGCUCUUAGUAGUCACCAGGACAAAGGGUGCCACAGAAGGCGUGUAGAAAUGAAGGCAGGGAUGACUCAGAAGAUGAGAAAGAAGUAUUUGAGGAGAGAGAGCCAAGGGCAAGAAAGUCCCAGUUGAAGUGGCAAGAAAGUCCCAGUUGAAGUGGCACAACAACCAGAUCUUCAAGUUUAUUCCCAGGGGUUUAUCACAUAGGGACAGGCAUGCAUUAUUUCUUGUGACUUCAGUGCCUGCCAGUACAGCACAGCAGUCUCAAGCUAUCUGCAUGCCAGGUUUCCCCUCAGUCUCCUUGCCUCAGUACCUCAGUCGUGGCCUUCUCCCAGACCACCUUGGCUUUAUCAGUAUUUUUUAAAACUGCAUCUGAGUAUUGUUCGUCAGAAUUCCUAGCUUUCACACACAAAAAAGUCAGUGUGGAUGUAAGGUCUUUCCUCUUACAUCUCCACAAUGAAAAGGGGUAGCCAGUUACUUUUCUUCUUUUUUAAAUGGAAACUGGCAAUGUAGGGAACCUGUUAUACCAUCAUAUCAAUGUAAAAAUAGUUGGCAAACUGAAGAUUAACUGCUAGCCCAUGGUUUCACAUUGAUGGUCCAAUCGAAUAGAAACCCCAUUUUGCAGAUUUAUCAAAAGGUAGGAAAAUUCACCCUUGAACUCUGUCAGUGGUGAAUUUUUAAAAUGGCAAAGGUACAUUAGGAGUUGAAUAAGUGCAUGAAAUGAGAGAGGGUUGAGGCCUAGCCAGGGAUGAAAGCAACAAGCAUGUGCAGAGGGCUAAUAUUUCCCCUAGCUUUGACACAGAUGCAAAGACAUAUCUAGGGAAAACGUUGCCCAGUGCAAAAUCUAAGUUUUCCGCCCCAUCCCCACCCCUGUACGGACCGCCCUCCCCCACCACAACCAAACAACUUUUUUUUGCACCAGGUCUUGAAGUCAAUGUAUGGACCCUGAGGAGGGGAGGAGGAGAGGGGGGGUGAUUUUCUGUGUCCCCCCACAUGACUAAAUUACCACAGGCUGGGGACAUUUGACUCCAUAUGUCCCCCAGGCAGUACACCCUUGCGCAGAUGUUAAGUUUCUUGCUGCUGAUACCAGAAAGGGAAAAAUAAAUGGCACCCUUGCAGUGAGAGGUAUCUGAGGUAAAACAGGGUUAGCAGGUGCCCUUGUGGUGUAUCUGGGUUAUGCUAAUUCAGACUGCAAGGAGGAAAUCCAAAGGUGGAAUGCAUCCCCACACCAAAUGGCCCCUGCAUGUUCAUUAUUAGGAUGUCAAGAAGAGUUUCAAGCUAGCCUUCUUUCCCCAAUAUAUCUAGUUUUGUAUAUGUAGGGAAUAUUUGAUGUGUGGCAGCAUUCAAAUGUCCGAUUGCCCCAGCUGCGCUCAACCAACACAGUCCCCGCAGUGGAAGCUUCAGGUUAGGCUCUGUCAAUUGAACUAGAAACGCUUGGUAUGUGAGGAGAAAACUAACCAAGGGAUGGAAAUGAAUGAAUGUGGGUAUUUAUUGUUUUAGCCACAAGCCCUUAUAUCAGCGCAAAAAAAACAACCAAAAGGUUUUAUUGCUUUCAUUUAUAUAUUAUAUGGCAUUGUUUUCCCCCCUCCCCCGCCCCCGUAAUAAUAGCUAAAGCUACCAGACUCACAGCCACGUAAAUUAGAAUAAAGCAAAGAAGAACUUCUAAUAAAACCACCUCUGGCACAUCUCAGCCAUUCCAGGGGAUAAACACUGUACAGAUUCUCCAGACAGGUUUUUAAAAAAUGAUCAAUAUCCUUCUUUAAAAGCAGCUGUGACAUAAAGAAGUAAAAGUUGAGCAAGUUGAGGUAAUUUAAUAAUAACUCAAAAGAGUAUUCUCAAAACGUCUGAAAAUGAAGAGUUCCUAAUGUGAGGAGAGUCAGGACCAGGCUAGAUGUUACAGUGGCAAUAGGUUAGAUCAUAGAUGUCAUAGCAUUAUGGUUGGCCCUCAUUCCUUGCCUGACAAGGAAUUUAAAAGGCCAUUGGUGGCAAGAUUAAAAUUUAGGUCCUCCCCAGAGGUGGUCUGAAUCAGGGUGAUGUGAGUUCUCCAAUAUACCCCAUAAGUCUCACAUAUUCUGCCCUCCCCCCAGAAGUUAACAAGGCAAAUCAUAUACGUUUAUUUAAGCAGUGACACAGUUCUGUUUCCAAAAUAAGUGAUAGCAAAGAAUCAGUGUUUCAGGGGGAAAAAAUAGCCAAGUUAGGAUCUCCCAUCUUAGUGAUCGAUUGGGUUGUAUCCCUCUGCUCUGCUAAGUGUGGAACUGUCGUCCAGUGCAAGGAAUCCAUUGAAGAGGCUCUUUCUCCAGAGGAAAGGUCCUUCCUCCAGAUAAAGGGUUAAAUCCCACCUCAAAUUUCUGCACAUGCAAAGAAGAGAUGGUUUUUGCCAGUCCCCCCAUUCCCACUUCCCCCAACUUAUUCCUGUGAUUCCCCCAGAAGAAGCAUUUCAGAGCAGCAUUUUGGCCAGCAGGAGGAAGAACAGGUGUAGAUCUUGUGUGAGGUCCAAGCCAAAGGCUGCUCAGUUAAUGGAGGCGAGUGGGCUAUAACUGUACUUUGAGCUUUCAUAGCACCAAACCGGAACAGGAUCUUCCGGAAAGGAUCAGAGUAGCAGAGAAGGUCAUGGGGAUAAAUUCAAGUGGUUAGAGGUGGAGGCGGGAGAUACUAGCAAAUAUAGUUUGGGUGAAGGUCAAAGAGUUGUAAAAGAGUCUCCCUUACCCCAGACCCCAUGCUUCAGAGGAAGGGCAAUCUUUGAUGGCCCAAUCAGAUUCUUAAGCCUUUCUUUGCCGUCAGAAAGCCUAGAAACAUGGCUCGCUUUUUUGAAGCUUGCUUUUAAUGAUGAUGUAAAAAGAAGCUGCAGUUUUCAGGAUGUGAAAUCAUGUCCUGGGAGUACCAGAUGACCGAGGUCCACAAUCAGCCCGCCUGUGAUUACCCUCGUAGCCUAACUCCAGUUCUGAUAUGGAGGAGGUCCCAAACAUUUACUCAUUAUGUUUGGGAUUCUGCAAUAGCAGCAAAAAUGUUACUUGCGUAUUCACCAGUCUGUGCAGGUCUGAUGCAUGUAAGGCAUAUGGGGCCUUCUAUGUGUCAUCCAGAUAACAACCCAGUAUUAUCAUCGGCCUUGGGAUAGCUCAGCAGUGCAAUAGGAUGCAGCCAGGAGCAGUGUGAGGGCUGUCGUUUCUAGCUGAAAGAUUAUUCUGUGGUUCCUCCUGCCUCAGACAAAACAGAGGAACAGUAGCGGAGAUGUAACCUUGAGCGAGGCCUGCAGAUCCAGUUUAAGCAAUAUUUGUUACUUGACAGGGGGCAGGUAGGAUAAAGUAAAAGACAGUCCCCAGCGCAAGCACCUUGUCAUUAUUAACCCAUGGUAUGAUGCCACAUCGUAACAUUCACUAGGCAGAUUUUGUUUACGGAUUGGUUUGCCACUGUCCACCCUAGUUGUCUACACUUCACCCCCAGCAAUCUGGAUACUUAGAAGGGCGGAAGUUUGAGCCAGCUACCUGAAACUGACUUCCACUGGGAUCAAACUCAAGUCAUGAGUAGAGCUUUGACUGCUGUACUGCAGCUUACCACUCUGUGCCAUGGGGCUCUGAGGGGAACAGAAAGUGUGCCCAUAAUGAUCCUAUCACUUCCUAGCCUGGCUCCCAUUGGUAGGGAUAUUAUCUGGUAGCUUGCACAUGCAGCAGAACUGUGUGCUACAAGUUGGACUGUACUAUUCAAAUGAGAGAGCAUUUCUUUGAUUGCUCUCCCCGGAAUGUAAACGUUCCCCCCGUCGACUGAGAUCAUGCAUAUCAGGGAAGCAAGGGUUCUUCCCCUGAUGGGGUAGUUAAAAUACAUCUGAGUUUCUGCGUAGGGGAGAAUUCAGACACAUAAUAGUCCUUUGACUGCUUUUAUGGUACAGUCCAAGAAAGGUGUUUCUGCUGCAUGGGCCUAUGGAUUCUGAAACUGACAAGGACUUCUGAUGAUGUUUCUCAUAAUGACUGCUGAGUCACACUUCAGUGAUAACUGGAGGGCAGAAGGCAGCAAAUCCCCCCGCCCCCCGCCGCCAUUGUUCCUUAGGUAGACUUGGGUAUUCCCUGAUUUGGUUUCAAACUAGCCCUUUCUCAGCGCUUUCUGCUACCGCUUCCUCUGCUUGCCGGCCCGCUGCCGCAUGCGCCUCCCUCUCUCUGCAGUGCAAACCAGCCUUCCCAUGUUGAGUUCUCUCAUCAUGUUGGUUUUAUUAAAUUGUCUGCAUUUUAACUCCCUUCCCUGUAUAUAUUGCCCCUGCUUUCCCCCUGCCAUGUUUAUCCCCCUGCUUUGCACUUGCUUUGUAAUAAUGUUUUUUGCACGCAAGGGACUUGUCUUUCUCCUGCCUCUGGGAUUUUCGCCAGGCCCCGGGAAAAGAAUGCCAGGCCCACGUGCAGCUGUAGCAACAGAGAAGGAAAGAGAGAAAUGACUCUAGUGACUGUGCCUUUUUUUUGGAGAGGCUGUAACCCCUCCACACACACGUGCGCGGGAACCUCUUUUUCUCCACCAUUGUGUGCUGCGUUUGUGGUCGUGAGUUUCUCUUCUGUUUCCAGGCAUACCCAUUAUUGUAUUGUCGAAGGCUUUCACGGCCGGAUUCAACUGGUUCUGGUGGGUUUUCCGGGCUGGGUGGCCGUGGUCUGGUGGAUCUUGUCCCUCUGUGAUACAUCUCUGA